AUGCCGCCCCGCUUACACCGUAAAGUAGCCAAAACCAAGACUUUUGCUGGAUGCUGGACUUGUCGUCGUCGCAAGGUCAAAUGCGACAAUCAUCGGCCACAAUGUGCGCGGUGCGGAGAGUCCUGCGAAGGAUAUGAUGUCGACCUGUACUGGAUGGACGAGGGCCGUGAGCGACCAUGUACGGUGAAAAGGAAAGCGAUGCUGAUCCAAGAUCCCCGGCUACCGCAGGAGAUUGACCUGGUCGAGGUCGACGACAUGCUCGGGAAACUGGACGCGAUCGUGGGUGAAGCCGGCGCAGGGACCAUCGGGGCGUUUUCAGCCUUCACGGUAGAUGAAUAUGACAUGCCGAGUUCAUCGAACGAAGGAUCUAGUGAGCCCGAUAUUGCAGGGAUGCCAAAUGAAACUCUGGGGCUGGAGCUGACGACGAUCGCUCCCGAAAUGUCCCUGUAUAUCGACACCGAUGUCGCCGAGUUGAUGGACAACUAUAUACAUGUCGUCGCCGACCUUUUGCAGCCCGCGCGCCACACGCAGAACCCAUACCGUUCCAUCUAUGUGCCCCGGGCGAUGGAAGCUGCGGCGUCCGGGUGGGUGGUUGGAGUAGGAGGGACUUCCUCUCAGGGGGGCACAGCCUUGUUUCAUGCUCUCCUGGCCGUAUCAGCAUUUCACAUGCAUCAAAACCAACCGGAUAUACCACGGUACCAGCGGCUGGGACGAUUACAUCGGUUGAAAGCGGUUGAGAGUCUACAAAAGUCGCUUGCAGAGGGAGAAAGUGCAGCGGACUACCACACGACCAUGUCGGCCAUGCUCUCCAUGGUGUCGAUCGAUCUCAUGGAAGGCAGCAUGACCGAGUUCUGGAUCCACCUCGAAGGCUGCGAAAAGCUGCGAUUGUCCCUACAGAACAGCCAGCUUUGUUCCUCACGACACGAUCAGCUAUUGACCAUCUGCUCGUUCAUGAGCACCUUAUCCCGAUCCACCAACCCGUACCUGGAACCUAAGCCAUGGAGAGAGCAUCCAUCAGUUUCAAUUGACCAUCUACUACGGAUAUCUCCCUUUCUGCCCGACAAUCACAGUCUGGAAUUCACAUACGGCACCACCGCAACGUUAGCCAGCUACAUGAGCCUGGCCAUUCUUCUCUCCCAACAUCUCUGCUAUUACGAGGUUCAUAACCUUCCCCUUCCGCCCUCGCUCGAGGAAGUCUGCGCCGCUCUAGAUCGAGCCCUUCUCACCUGGUCCAUCUCGGACGAGCCUCUGUCCUCUGUUCCAGACGGUGACUACCAAACUCUCUCGCUGGUCAGCUGCCACAUCCUCGCUUUCCACGCUGCAGUGGUUAUCUAUUUUCACACCCUCACCCAUGUCCGCUCGGCCUCGGUUCUGCGCCACUACAACAAGAUCUGUGUAUCCAAUUUGCUAGCUGCGGAGGCUCUCAAAUCGUCACAUGGUAGUCAGAUUGGCUGGAAUGCCAUGGCCCCGAUCGUCUGGCCAGGGUUUAUCGCUGCAUGCGAGGCCGAACUGGAAGAGCGGCCACUGUGGCGAGCCUGGUGGAUCGGGGUCCAGCGAUAUUGCAUUGGGAGUAUUCACACGUUAUGGGAUGUAGUGCAGGAAGUGUGGCAGGACGAAAAUCCCUACGACAGGGGCCCCAAAUGGAAGGCUGUGUUGGGAAGGAGAGGCCGGCGGGUCAUGAGUGGCGGUUAA